ACAGAUUCCGCACAUGCGCAAAGAUCCUCCUCUUUAGUGCCAGAACUAGAUAGCUAGGGAUCCUAGUUAGCGAGUAGCCUAGAUAGGUAGCACCCGAUUAAAAACGCCUGUCCGUCAGAAAACAAAGGAUUCGGUCUGCGCAGGUCUGCUUUCCCUUUAAACCGUGCCACCAUGUUGGUCCCAAUUUUCACCCUCAAGCUUAAUCACAAGAUUAACCCUCGUAUGGUUACAAUGGGGAAGUUUGAUGGGAUUCAUCCAUGUCUGACUGCAGCUACGCAAGCAGGAAAGGUGUUUAUCCAUAACCCACACACUCGAGGCCAGAGGCAGACAUCUCACCGGCUCAGUCAGAGUACCCAAGACUCUGAUAUAUCCUUGCUUAACAUUAACCAGGCAGUAAGCUGCCUUACAGCAGGAACUCUGGGACCCAACACCACUGGAGAGACACUUCUGGUGGGCUCACAGACCAAUCUGCUUGCCUACGAUGUACACGACAAUGCUGACAUAUUCUACAAAGAGGUGACAGAUGGGGCCAAUGCCAUUGUUCUGGGGAGGUUAGGAGACAUCCAGUCCCCUCUUGCCAUUAUUGGAGGGAAUUGUGCUCUUCAGGGCUUUGACUAUGAGGGAAACGACCAGUUCUGGACAGUGACUGGAGAUAAUGUGCGAUCACUGGUACUCUGUGAUUUUACAGGUGAUGGGAAGAAUGAGCUUCUGGUGGGAUCAGAAGACUUUGAUAUCAGGGUGUUUAGAGAAGACGAGCUGCUGUCAGAGAUGGCAGAGAAUGAGACAGUAACAUCACUCUGUUACAUGCACGGCAGCAGAUUUGGUUAUGCUUUGGCCAAUGGAACAGUUGGAGUGUAUGACCGCACUGCCCGCUACUGGAGGAUUAAGUCGAAAAAUCAUGCAAUGAGUAUCCAUGCCUUUGACCUGAAUGCUGAUGGAGUUGUGGAGCUCAUAACUGGCUGGUCUAAUGGAAAGAUUGAUGCACGCAGUGAUCGUACUGGUGAGGUGAUCUUUAAGGAUAACUUCUCCUCAUCUGUGGCUGGAGUGGUGGAAGGAGAUUAUCGCAUGGAUGGACAAAUCCAGCUCAUCUGCACAUCAGUAGAAGGAGAAGUACGUGGCUACCUUCCAGCUAGUAAGGAGAUGAAGGGGAACCUAAUGGAUGCAAGUGUAGAACAAGACCUCAUUAGGGAGCUGAGCCAGCGCAAACAAAACUUGCUACUGGAGCUACGCAACUAUGAGGAAAAUGCCAAGGCUGUACCUGGUGCCUCUGAAGUGGAAGCUCAGAUGGGUGUCAUUCCUGCCAACACACAGCUGCAGACAGCCUUGUCUGUGCGAGCAGCCACGGAGAGUCAGAGAGCUCACAUAGAGCUCAGUAUCUCUACGCCAAAUGAGACCAUCAUUCGGGCUGUGCUUAUUUUUGCUGAGGGGAUUUUUGAAGGGGAAAGUCAUGUGGUGCACCCCAGCUCUCAGAACUUGUCUGGCUGUGUCUGUGUGCCCAUAAUUCCUCCUAAAGACAUUCCUGUGGAUCUACAUAUCAAGGCCUUUGUGGGUGGAAGGACCAGUACCCAGUUCCAUGUCUUUGAGAUAACUCGCCAGCUGCCUCGCUUCUCCAUGUAUGACCUUCAUGUUGAACCCUCAGCCUCACAACCCACAGGAAGAGUCACAUUCAGUAUCAAUGACAGGCCACAAAGGGUUGUCAUGUGGCUGAACCAGAAUUUUCUGCUACCAGAAGGCAUCAAUAGUCCAGAUGUAACGUUUACUUCACUGCGUGGAGGAGGACUGCUGACCAUCAGCAUGCGCUCUAAUGGGGAGAUAAUGCUGAAUACAGAUGACAUUGAUCUGGCAGGAGAUCUGGUUCAGUCACUGGCCUCUUUUCUGGCCAUUGAGGAUUUACAGGCUGAGGCCAAUUUCCCCUCGUACUUUGAAGAACUUCGAGUUACUCUUACAGAGGUGGAUGAGUUCCACUCUGUGCAUCAGAAGUUAACAGCAGCCAUGGCAGAUCACUCUAACCACAUCAGAAACAUGCUGGUGCAGGCAGAGGAUGCACGGCUAAUGGGGGACUUAAAGAACAUGAAGAAGCGUUACAUUGAGCUAUAUGACCUCAACCGAGAUCUGAUCAAUGAAUACAAAAUUCGCUCCAACAAUCACAAUGCUCUCCUAGCUUGCCUUAAGGCAGUCAACCAGGCCAUCCAGCGGGCAGGCAGGCUGAGAGUGGGAAAACCAAAAAACCAGGUCAUCACUGCCUGCAGAGAUGCCAUCAAGAACAACAACAUAAAUGCUCUCUUCAAGAUCAUGAGAGCAGGAACUGCUUCAUCCUGAGGAAGCCCUCUAGUGGUCAUCUACUCUAGCUAUGUGAGGGGAUCUCUGCCUCUAGGGAGAUCAGAUCGAGUCCCCUGGAAGGAGGAUAGAAUUCAGUACACUGUGGAAAAACAGGGCCCAGUAACCUGCUCUUACAGAGUAUAAGAAAAUCUGCAGAAGAGAAUAUCUACCCCAGGCCUUACAACGGCUGCAGUUGUAUGUAGAGGAAAAAUUGAUGGUGUAGAAGUGGCAGCUUGAAUAAGCUGCCCUUCAUGCAUUCAGGGAACAGUGGAAUGUAUGUCGAGAUUUACAUUUUAUAGGUGAGAUAUUUACAUUUUAUAGGCACUUCAUAUUGACUUUGUGUAUGUGAAAAAGGCCAAAGUUAAUUAAAUUAUUGAACAAA